AUGGGACGUUUGUGUGAUCUACAAGUGGCAAUAACACAACCACACCUGCCGUGGACUGAGAUAGAUGCCAAACAGACGGCGGCCCAAGCCUCAAAAGAGAAGAUACGCUCAACGGUAUGUGGCGUUGACUAUCCAUACAAUACGGUUAUUCUUCACACAUGGCCACGCGUGAAAUUUGUCCCAAACAUGGAUCCAUUCUCCAUGAAGCUAGAGACAUACCUUAGAAUUAACCAAAUUCCAUAUCUGUUGGAUGAAAAUCAUGAAAAUGGACCAGACAAUAAAUCGUGUUUACCUUGGAUAGAAUACAACGGUAAGAGGAUGGCUGGCUCACAGAUGAUUAUAAAGUACUUAUCGGGAAUAUGGAAUAAGGAUUUGAAUGAACAUCUACCCAUGGAGGACAAGGAAAAGGCUACUGAGAUACAGACAUGGCUUGAGGAACACACAUACUGGUAA